CCCUCUCCGCGGGGUGUUGCCGUGUUUUUGGAUGUGUGCCCGUCGCCCCUUCUGCUCCGCCGCACGCCCUCCGCGCCUCCGCGCCGCGUUGCUGCUGAAAUCACAGCGGUGGUAAUCCGACGCCACGAUUGGGGACAACCGCGCGCGCUGACGAUGACGGACGAGAUGUAGAUCCCCCGUCGCAGCGGGGCGGAGGCGGAGACCUGCGUGACGACGUCGUGUCAUUUUGGAGUAGACGAUCGUAUCGAUCCCCGAUCGCGGGCGAUGCGUCCUCGUGUUGUUGUUAAACCGCGGACCCCAGCACGUCGGUAGAGAGCCGCCCGUCGGACGAGAGAGAUGGAGAUCCUCGGCGACUACGAGUACAAUCCCAAAGACCUGAUCGGCACCGGCGCCUUCGCCGUCGUCUUCAGGGGCAGGCAUCGCAAAAAACCAAAUCUAGUAGUGGCUAUCAAAAGUAUCACGAAGAAGACCUUGGCCAAGUCGCAAGACUUGCUGAAGAAGGAGAUCAAGAUCCUAAAGGCAUUAACUAAGCUGCAUCACGAGAAUGUUGUCGCACUGUAUGAUUGUAAGGAAUCUAAUCAUAACGUCUUCCUGGUUAUGGAAUAUUGCAAUGGUGGAGAUCUGGGAGAUUAUUUAAACGGUACUCUUUCCGAAGAUACCAUCAGGCUGUUCCUCAAGCAGUUGGUUCGCGCGAUGAAGGUACUGCAUGCCAAAGGGAUAGUCCACAGAGAUCUCAAGCCGCAGAAUAUCCUGUUGAAUCACAACUGUGGCAAAGCCUGUCCACAGCCACACGAAAUAACACUGAAGAUAGCGGAUUUUGGUUUUGCUAGGUUCCUGCAGGAAGGCGUGAUGGCUGCGACUUUGUGCGGAUCGCCGAUGUACAUGGCACCCGAAGUCAUUAUGUCUCUUCAAUACGACGCCAAGGCGGAUCUGUGGUCCGUUGGCACCAUAUUGUAUCAAUGUCUCACCGGAAAGGCACCGCAUCCUGCGAAUAAUCCUCAUGCACUCAAGUCGAUCUACGAGAACACUGUUAAUCUUGUUCCUAGUAUACCGCCUGGAACAUCACCCGAGCUGACGAAUCUCUUGAUGGGCCUGUUGAGGCGCGAAGCGACUGACCGCAUGGAUUUCGACCAGUUCUUUGGUCACCCGUUCCUCACGGGUGUCCGAGAGAGUCCAAGUCCAAGCCCUGUACCUGCCGAGCUGCCGGCGUCCCCGGGGACAAUGGCGAUUCCGAUCGAGGAAGGAACGCCGAUUGUCAACAGAUCGGAGCCCGAAACGACGGAGACUCCUUGCUCCAGUCCCGAGGAUGACUUUGUCCUUGUGCCGAGCGACAUCAGUAGCGAUACUGACAAUAAUCCGCCAGUCAAAUAUACCAAGCAAAUCAGUAGGGAAGCUGUCAGUCCACCCCGACCAUGCUUAUCGAAAUUGGGCGAAUAUACCAGACAGACUAGCAGGGAAGCUAUCAGUCCACCCAGACCGUGCUACCUGCCGAUCUCUGAGCCGAUUCCUGUUCCAUGCCAACGAAACGCAGUGGCCCAGCAUCCACCGCAGUCUCCCUCGACGAAUGCCAUCCGUUCCGGCAGUAGCGUCGUACCUCGCUCACAACCGAUCAGCAUGAAACGCAGCGCGGACUCCCACAGAGGUCACCCGCCGGACAUCGGCUCCCUCAGUCCGCCUAGCGUGCAGUUUGUCAUCGGCACUCCACCCGGUAGAAGAUUAAGCGAGACUCCACCGCCGCCCAACACCUGGCAGGUCAGUCCCGUAGCGAGACACUCGCACACGCCGAGCGGAACCUCGCCGUUGCGGCGUUCCACGGGUAAUAACAGCGCGUCCUCGCCGUUGCUCACAGGUCCGCUGGCGGUGCUUGGCUCGCCCACCUCGCGAGCUUUUCAAGACAACAACAACACACUCAGGCAUUCGCCUGUCAUACCCUUCGGCACUAGGGCCGUCACCCUUCCGGAAAUAUCUGAAGCCGGUAGUUUCCAAAGUCUCUUCCCGGAUAUGCCGACGACAAUCGAUGAUCGUCCAUUAACGUUUAUCGCGCCGGAGCUACCAGAGGAGACGCUGAUGGAGCGCGAGCACAACGAGAUCCUGGCCAAACUGAACUUCGUCGUGGCGUUGUGCGAAUGCGUGUGCGAAGUCGCCAGAUCCAGGGCUGGCCCGCUCGGCAAUAUCGAGCAACCGGCGCCUCUCGAACAGGCUGGCAAUGCAGCCACCAGGAAACGCGCCGAGCAGGUCAUCCUUCUGGUACGAGCCCUUCAGUGGCUCAGCUCCGGCCUGAAUCUGGCCACUCAGGAACUCAAAGCUGGAAGGCUGCAACCGACAGCCACCGUGAAGGAAGUUGUCAGUACCAUGAACGAGAAAUUCAAGUCGUGUUUGAUGGAAUGCAAACAACUGAAUAGCGUGGGGCUUCUUCGUCAAACAGGAGCUACGGCGGACAAGAUACUGUACAAUCAUGCGAUUCACAUGUGUCAAUCGGCGGCAUUGGAUGAGCUGUUCGGAAAAGGCGGCGAAUGUUUCCAGCGAUAUCACACGGCGCAGAUAUUAUUGCAUUCGUUAGCGCAACAUGUCAGCCAUAGUCAGGACCGAGCUCUGCUUAUCAAAUGUAUGUUUUGUCUCCGCGCCGAUCGAAUCUUCAUCGAAUCGUAGAGAAAUCUGUACUUCUUGUCUUUUUAAAUUAUUUUGAGAGAUUUUGAGAGAUUGAAAGAUAUAUUUAAUAGUAGUAAACAUGUAUAUCAUCGCACAAUGUAUGCAAUUUCUUUUUCUCAAUUUAUAUUAAAAAUUUUUGCUAUGAAAAUACCUUUGCACAUCAACUAAAUAUUUACUUGCCAAUUUAAUAAUUAUAUUUAUCAAUCGUAGUAUCUAUUAUGUAACAAAUAACAGAUAUUUGUUAGGUCUCUUUUUCGCUCGUUGAAAAUUAACGCUAAAAGUUAGAUUAUCUCGCCGAUAUAAUUUUUGCACAAU